UAAGGUCCCACCGUCUCCUUCUACUACUUCUCAAUCUUCAACAAGUCCAACAUUAGACCAUUUAUCUUGGAAUUAUGGUAUAAACUCAUUAAAGAAAAAUCACGCUGAUGAUGAUGUAACUUCUUUACCUCCACUUCAUGUCUUGUCCGUUCCUUCUACAGACAAUUAUGAUAAGAAAAUGUGUAGGUCAUUCGGCGGUCCUCUUUAA